CUAAAUCUAUAUUCCACAGUCACAGGACAGGAGAUGUGCACCGGUCACUGCUCCAGGUCUGUGGGAAUGGCUCUGAUCCCUACAGCCAUCGUCUGCAUGCUGGCAAAUGCACUGCUGCUGUUUCCUGAUCUGAAGUAUCAGUACCUGACAGAGAAUCAUGUGACCAGAGAGGCCAUGUGGUGCUCUGGGAUCUGGGCAUCAGGGCUUCUGGUGCUUGUGGCCGCGCGAGGCUUUACGACACACUACGAAAAGAAAAGAUGCUGUUAUUUUACUGCUGAGGUUUUGCGUAAGUUGGGCUAUGCAUGUUUGGUCAUUCUGGCAGCUGGCUUGUGUUUCGUGGUGAGCGGGACGGGGCUGGCUCUGGGACCCCUCUGUUUACACAACAGCACUGACGGUCUAAAGUGGGGACGGCCAUUAAAACAAGUCAAAACUGGAGAGAAGCUUUACCUCUAUGCUCCGGAGCGGUGGCCAUCCGCCUGUGUGGAGCCUCGAGGUGUUGUGAUCUGGAAUAUGGUUCUUUUCUCCGUCCUCAUGGUAGCGAGUGGCCUAGAGCUCGUUUUCUGCGUUCUUCAUCUCCUCACCGCCUUACUGGAGUUCAUGUGUGGACCGAAAUUCUGCAAGAAUAAGGUUGUUCCUGCUUGA